UUGAACGUAAUCGAUUAAAAGAAAAAAAUGAAGACCGUUAUUUUCAUCUUGGCAUUACUAUGUACAGUUUAUGCAUUGGAACAAAAGGAGACAAAUUCUUCGCUCAGUCUUGAGCGAUUAGUGGAUGUAGAAAAGGCAGCCACCCAAACUAUACUGUACGGUCUAUUAUUUUUCGAAGAGCGAAUGUCGCAGAAUUUAGAAGUGCACCUUGAAAAAAUAAAAAAAAACGCUUUAGAUGAUAUUACCAAUACUAUUAACAGAGCACUAGAAAAUGUCAAUCUGUCCAUUCAUAAUGGAGAAGAAGAGGGUAAAAAUGUAGACAAGUGUUACUAUUAUGCGAAGAAUAAUCUAGAAUCGAAAAGGAUAAAUGCGGUUGCUGGAUUGGAUAUGUGCAUCCAAAAGGGUCGCAUGGCCAUGGAAGACCCAUUAGCAAACGUAAUCAGCAGUAUUCAGGCGGCGAAAAAAUUACUAAGUGAUUUGAACGAUAUCAUACCAAAUUGUGAUUCUACAAGCUUCCUUAGAAAGCAAGCUUGUGUCUUGAAAAACCUUUCCUUAACCAAAGAAUCACUGAAAAGUGUCACUAAGAAUUCUGGGGAGACGGUACUUACCGCAACAGGCAAAUACAUGAAAACACUUGUAAAAGUGAAAAGUUGCAUCAUAAAGAAUAAUGCUGAGACUCACACUUUCAGCAUGAAUAUCGUUAGUUAUACUAAUCAUUGCAUAAGAAUUGCAUAG